AUUUAACCCACUUCUCUCAACUCACGUAUGAACCGCUUGCAGAGAGAGUAGUUCAGAACCCGCCAUUCGUUGAAACAUGCUUUCUCCUCCUUUUGUGGGGCUCAUGGGCAGAUUUCCUCGGCGAUCCCGCAAUCCCAAUGUUUUUCAGCUUCGCCUCAGUUCCGCUAGCAACUGCUCGCGAGGGUUUACAUCUUCUCAUUGUCUCGCCCGCCCUUCUGCGCUAGAUGUGUCCGUCGAGCAAUCUCCGGAGCUGCUCCUGACGCGUCGUGCUCAAUUAUUUGUUGACGCCUUCCCUAUCAGGAUUGGAAUCUUCGAUCCACGCUACUACGUCGCUUUCGCUCGUGAAGAAGCGACCAUUCAAGGCAUACGGUCACAGCUCUCCAGUGUCAAGACCAACGGGUUUGCGAUCGUUGAUAUCCUCCCUGCGCACAAAGAAGGAGGUGCCUUUGUCACUUUCGAUUACACUUCGAAAGAUCCAGAUGCUGCACUGGAAACUGUUUUUGAUGAUGUGAAAAAGGCCGCAUCACAAAAUGGAGGACUACCCUCUUGGGAAGGUCGAAACUCGCAUGUUUGGCUUGUGAAGGGAACACCUUGGAUCGAAGACAUGCCCUCCAUUCCCUCGGACGAUGUCAAAGUCGAGUUUGAAGGGCCGGAUAUUCGCAGGGAACGCCUGUAUGAACUGUUUCGUCCUUUUGGAAGAAUCAGAGAUAUUGUCGAACCAGUUCCCGUACCGGCAGGCACUCUGCGCUCAGCGACUAUACGCUAUGGCCGACAUCGUUCUUCAGCCACAGCUCGGAAUGUCUUACAUGGUCUGAAGCUCACAGCACCGGGAUCCACUUCUCCAACGACCUUAUAUGUCUCGUUCACGCGUCCGAUGUCUCCGCAUAAGAUCCUAGAUUGGUUGCUUUCUCAUCCACGAAUAGUUCUUCCCGUCCUCGCAUUCAUUCUCGGCAGUGUCACCUAUGCUAUUUUCGAUCCCAUCCGGUCGUUCAUGGUGCAAGGCAAACUGCAGGAUUGGUUUGAGAUACGAGAAUUCAGAAUCUAUCAAUGGCUGCGCAACAAGUCGAUGGAGUUCAAGUUAUUUACACCCGUAGCGCAGCUUUCUUCUGCAGACGAGGCCUGGGAAGAACGUCAACAAGUGGACUCGGAUCUCAGAGCGUAUCUAACCGACUGGCCCUCGACCAUCACCUUCAUCCAUGGUCCCCAAGGCAGCGGCAAGAGCAGUCUGACAGAAGCCGUACUGAAGGAUGCUGACCGUAGCGUCUUGACGAUUGACUGUCGGACGCUCCUGAAUGCCAAUUCGGACAGUCAGCUUCUCAAAAAUCUCGCUUCACAAGUUGGAUAUUGGCCGUUUUUUACCUUCAUGAACUCGAUCAGUCACCUUGUCGAUCUAGUCAGCGUAGGAUUGAUUGGACAGAAAUCCAAUCUCAGCAGCACCCUCAACGAACAAGUGCGAGAAAUGCUGGGGGUUGUCCGCGCGGCACUCAAGCAGGUUGGUGGCUCUCACCGACAGGCUGAGCAACGCCAAGUUCGCAAGGAAGCACGAGAGGAGCAGCACGCGAUUGCGGAUUCACUCAAGCGAGAGCGAAUAGAGAAGGGCACCUACCACGAUGGUCGCAUCGACGAUGUGGCUGGAACCGGCAUCCCUUCGGAACUCGGCAUCGGUGACGAACGAUUGGAUGAUCUCGGCCAAGUCGCGAUCUCAGCCGAUUCUGACAAACGUCAGGUCAAGAAGAAACAACAUAGCAGAGUGGAGGUGGGGGCUGUCAAGGCUCUUCCAGUCGUCGUCAUCAAGAAUUUUGCAGCACGGAGCGGCACUAACAGUGAAAUGUAUGAUGUUUUCGCUGAAUGGGCUGCUGGCUUGGUUGAGAACCGAAUUGCCCAUGUGAUAGUCAUUUCGGAUAAUCGCGAAAACUCUAAGCGUGUGGCCAAAGCGCUUUCAUCCAAACCUUUGAACACGAUUGCCCUGUAUGACGCUGAUUCCAAGAGUGCUCUCGCAUUUGUGCAGCGCAAACUGAAGGAUGCCGAUAUCGAUAUCCAUUAUUCAAGCUCCGAUAUGUCCCUGAUAGAGCGAUUAGGCGGACGGGCCAGUGAUCUCAACACGUUGAUCCACAAAGUCAGCAGCGGAAUCUCAGUGGAGGAAGCGAUUCAAGACAUUGUCACCCGCGGCGUCAGUGAGACCCGAAAAAACGCGUUCGGUGACGACGCAGAGGACGCGAAGGACCUGAAGUGGAACAGCCAACAGGCCUGGCAUCUGUUCAAACUGCUUGCCCAACAGACCGAAGUCCCAUACUAUCAGACCCUGCUCGAAUUUCCAUUCAAGGGUGACGAGACGGCGCUUCGGGCGAUGGAGCACGCAGAACUCAUCUCAAUCAACACCCGAAAUGGUCGUCCAUCCACCAUAAGGUCCGCACGGCCAGUUGACAAGUACAUCUUCGGGCAGCUCGUGGAUGAUGCGGUCUUCCGAGCAACGCAAGACAUCGCAUUCAAUGAGAAGCAAAUCGCGGCUGCAGAGAGCGCAAUCAAGUCUUGCGAGCAGGAGUUGCUGACACUCAAAGACCUUGGCGCCGGGGAUCAGCAUUGGUGGACUAGCAGCAGUGCUUCGACCAUUCGCGCUCGUUAUCUCUUCUCCAAGAUGCACACUGCUGCCUCCAAGAUCGAGAGUUGGGAGAAACAGAAUACUGACUUGAAGAAGGCGUUGACCAAGGAUAAUUAAACCUCUACGCCCAUGGAUUCGAGCUACCUACGAGUGUACAUGUACCAUCAAUUUCAUAACAACGCGUCAACAACACCGCUUCUGAUCUGAACACCCAUGUCUCCGUCUCGGGGCCCUGAAUCUCUUCCCCGCCACCUUCAUGUCACUCUCUCAGGCCAUAAGGGUCCUGUAAAUGUCGCGCGCUACGCGAAGGCUGCUGCCAAAUACAUCCUCACAGGCGGCCAAGACCGAAUAAUAAAACUCUGGAACGCCGACACCGGCGCCGAAGUCAAGGCGUUUGCUGCACAUGGCUAUGAAGUCCUUUCUCUUACAGUCUCGCACGACAAUGCCCGGUUCGCCUCUUCUGGGGGAGACCGCUCUGUCUUCCUCUGGGACGUCGCAACCGCAUCAACUCUGCGUCGAAUUCCAGGCCACAUGGGCAAGAUCCAUGCUGUGGAAUUCAAUGACGAUGCAUCCGUUCUGGCGAGCGGCUCUUUCGACUCAACUGUACGGCUUUGGGAUCUCAAGUAUAUUCUCUUCCGGUUGAAUAGCUCUGCCCUGACACAUCCCAGAGCUCAGAACCGACAGCCGAUCCAAAUCCUGGAUGAAGCACAGGAUGCCAUCCAGACCCUGUACGUUGGUUCUACUUACAUAGUCUCGGGGUCCCUCGACGGUCACGUACGCACGUACGACCUUCGCAUGGGAGAGCUUCGUUCAGACUGCUUGGGUCACCCCGUCACGUCAGUGGUCCCCACGCAAGACAGCCAGACGAUGCUCGUCACGACUUUGGACUCACACAUCCGUCUCAUGGAUGUGAGCACAGGAAAGAUGCUCAAUGACUUCACUUCGCAUGCGAACGAAGCAUACCGCUGCCGGGCCUGUUUUGGGCACGGCGAAGCGAGUGUGAUAUGUGGAGAUGAGAAAGGCGCGGUCUGGGCAUGGGACCUUCUCGAUGCAAAACCGCUGCAACCCAAUCCGCCACCUCGAGUGCACGACAAAGUCAUCACAUGGACUGAGCAUCAUCCUGUCAUGAAGAACGAGAUGUUCACGGCCAGCGCCGACGGAACAGUCAAGGUUUGGCGACAAGUAGAAAACGAAUAGCGGAUUAAUA